AUGCGAGGAUGCCUGCAGUUAGCCAGGUGGCUGCGCGCAGCACCGAAAUGUCCUGCUGCAAGCCUUCUCAAGCCGCCGUCCGGCCUUGCUAAUCCAGCCCGGUUUUUCACGACUUCCGCCGCAUGCUGGGCAUCGCGCGGCAGGGCACCGGCCAGCCAGCCAGCCUCCGACCUUGAAUCAAGAAUCGCAGCUAUCCCGAUCGACCGAUACCGUAACUUUUGCAUUGUCGCCCACGUUGACCAUGGCAAAAGUACCCUCUCCGAUCGGCUGUUGGAACUUACCGGAACGAUUCAGCCUGGUAUGAACAAGCAGGUUCUGGACAAGCUUGACGUCGAGCGUGAACGAGGUAUUACGGUGAAGGCACAGACAUGUACAAUGAUAUACAACCAUAAUGGCGAGGACUAUCUGUUGCAUCUGGUGGAUACACCGGGGCAUGUGGACUUCCGUGCGGAGGUUUCGCGCAGUUAUGCCAGUUGCGGAGGAGCGUUGCUGCUAGUCGAUGCCAGUCAAGGUAUCCAGGCUCAGACAGUCGCCAACUUCUACCUCGCGUUCUCUCAGGGCCUGGAGCUGAUUCCCGUCAUCAACAAGGUGGACCUGCCGUCCGCUGACCCGGACCGUGCUCUUGACCAAAUGGAACAGUCCUUUGAGCUUGACACGGAAAGUGCAGUAUUGGUAUCAGCCAAGACCGGUCUAAAUGUACAUCAAUUACUCCCUACUGUGGUUGAGAAGAUUCCGGCACCGGUGGGAGAUGUCAACAAUCCCCUACGGAUGCUUCUCGUUGAUUCCUGGUAUGAUUCGUACCGAGGUGUCAUCUGCUUGGUCCGCGUUUUCGACGGUGAAAUCCGGGCAGGAGACCAGCUUGUGUCGUUCGCGACUGGGAUUAAAUACUUCGUGGGUGAGGUCGGAAUCAUGUAUCCCAAUGAGACUGCCCAGUCGGUCCUUCGCGCUGGCCAGGUCGGCUACAUCUUCUUCAACCCGGGUAUGAAGCGAAGCAAGGAAGCCAAGAUCGGUGACACCUACACGAAGGUUGGGUUUGAGAAGGUCGUCGAGCCGCUUCCGGGCUUCGAAGAGCCCAAGGCAAUGGUUUUCGUGGCCGCCUAUCCCGUGGACGCGGAUCACUUUGAGCACUUGGAAGAUAGUAUCAACCAACUUUGCCUGAACGACCGGAGUAUUACUGUGCAAAAGGAAUCGUCUCAUGCUCUUGGAGCAGGUUUCCGGUUAGGCUUUUUGGGAACACUGCAUUGCUCUGUCUUUGAGGACCGUCUGCGCCAGGAGCACGGUGCCAGUAUCAUCAUUACUCCUCCUUCCGUUCCCGUGAAACUCAUCUGGAAAGACGGCAGGGAAGAGAUUAUCUCCAAUCCCGCCAAAUUCCCGGAGGAUGAAGAGCUGCGCGGCAAGGUAUCCGAAAUUCAGGAGCCUUAUGUCGUCGCUACUUUGACCCUCCCCGAUGAGUAUCUCGGAAAGGUCAUCGAGCUCUGCGAAUCUAACCGAGGCGUGCAGAAGAGCCUUGAGUACUUCACUUCGACUCAAGUCAUUCUCAAGUAUGAACUGCCCCUUGCGCAGCUGGUCGAUGACUUCUUCGGAAAGCUGAAGGGCUCUACUAAGGGCUACGCCACCCUUGACUACGAGGAAUCUGCGUGGCAAACAAGCAACAUCGUCAAGUUACAACUUCUGGUGAACAAAGCACCGGUGGAUGCAGUCGCAAGGCUCGUGCAUUACAGCCAAGUGGAGCGAUUGGGCAGACAAUGGGUGACCAAGUUCAAGCAGCACGUUGACCGACAGCUCUUUGAGAUCGUCAUCCAAGCAGCUGUUGGCCGCAAGGUUGUAGCGCGUGAGACCGUCAAGCCUUAUCGGAAGGAUGUCCUCGCGAAGCUGCAUGCCAGUGAUGUCAGUCGGCGCAGGAAGCUGUUGGAGAAGCAGAAGGAGGGACGUAAGAAGCUGCGGGCGGUUGGAAAUGUGGUGAUCGAACAGAAGGCAUUCCAGGCUUUCUUGGCUAAAUAA